UGCAGUGAUUAGCAUGGUUUAUGAAGCUACAGCAAGACUCAGAGAUCCAGUAUAUGGCUGUGUGGGCAUCAUUUCUGCCCUCCAGAAACAUGUUUUUCACUUACAAUCCGAGUUAAACGAAGCUUUAGCUGAAGUAAUGUCUCUCAGAACCCAGGUAUCCGAUGCUUUAUCCUUACCCUCUCUGCUUGAAGGUUCUCCAUUCACCCCCGAGAACCAUGAGUUUCUCCAUUUCCAGAAACCGAGUGAGCAAAAUGCAUAUGCUAAUGCCUCGGACGCCUUGCUUCUACUUCCAGAAGCUGCAGAUCACUAUUGUCUCCAAGAAACUGAAGUUCUUCAUCCACUGCCUUACUUGGACAUAUUGUUUUCUAGUAUGGACAACAAUAGACUGUCAAUAUUUGCCUUUCAUUCAACACCUUGGGAUUUAGUAAAGGCAAUGUUCCAAAGCUGCAGAUAUACUAGUUUCUUCCUACUUUGAACCUCGGAAUGAAAAACGAUUUUAAGUAACAUACACUAACAACAUAAAAGUUGUUUACACUAUCAGUGCAAUUUAAUAGGAGAAUUAACAGAUCAUAGCAAGUUCUCACUCUAUUUUCCACGUUACCAUACCUCUGCUUAAUAUGAAGAGUUAUAUAUUGUAGCAGGUCAAUUUUGCCUGAUGUUGAAACUAUAUAUACACAAUCAGUGCAUAAAAUCUAAGCUUUUCAGAACAAACUUUAUAAAGCUGGUCAGUAGAGCAGGUCAAUAACCCACGAACUGCAGCUGAUUCGUGAAAUUAUGCACUAUCCGUACUGCACGAAACUGAAAUCAAUUAACUGUCUGAUGACAAUUUCCAACAAAAUGAAACUAUGAAAGAAAGGUCUCCACAAAGUGCUUGUAAAAGACCUAGACACUCAAGUCGAAUAAGACCUUCCAACACGAUCGUAGUCAGUAUCAUUAACUGAGGUUAUCAUGGAGAGAACACACAUUCAAAAUCAUCGAUAUAGCAUCAAUACGGCACACAGUUCAACUAACACCUGUAUGAUGACAAUUUCCCACAAAAUUAAACUAUGACGAAAGCCCUGG